GUGCGUCGAGCAGCACUUUAGGCAGGCAAUCACAAUAAUUGUAGCCGCAAUGCGUUUCCAAGGCCUUUUACAAUUGCGCAGAUGUGCGGCCGCCUCCUGCGCCAGCAGACACCUCAACACAAUCGUAACCGCAGCAGCGACGCGCAGGCUGGCGAGCAGCGCAACUGCGCUGCCCGACUUCACACAGAAAAGCGACCAUGUGCAGCGUGGUAACUAUGCAACGCUCAAUGAUAAGGAUGUGGCGCACUUUGAGCAGCUGCUGGGUCAGAAUCAUGUGCUCACCGAGGAUCUAGAUGGCUAUAACAUUUGCUUUCUCAAACGCAUACGCGGCAACAGCAAGCUAGUGCUCAAGCCAGGCAGCACGGCGGAGGUGGCGGCCAUAUUGCGCCACUGCAACGAGCGUAAGCUGGCGGUGGUGCCGCAGGGUGGCAACACUGGCCUGGUGGGCGGUUCGGUGCCCAUUUGCGAUGAGAUUGUGCUGUCGCUGCAGCGUCUUAACAAAGUUCUGUCCGUGGAUGAAGUCACGGGCAUUGCUGUGGUGGAAGCCGGCUGCAUUUUGGAGAAUUUUGAUCAUCGCGCCAAGGAGGCGGGCUUAACGGUGCCGCUUGACUUGGGCGCCAAGGCAAGCUGUCAUAUUGGUGGCAAUGUUUCCACAAAUGCGGGCGGCGUGCGCGUAGUGCGCUAUGGCAAUCUGCAUGGCUCUGUGCUGGGCGUAGAGGCAGUUCUAGCUAAUGGUCAGGUUUUGGAUCUUAUGUCGGACUUUAAGAAGGACAACACAGGCUAUCACAUGAAGCAUUUGUUCAUUGGCUCUGAGGGCACGCUGGGUGUGGUGACAAAGCUCUCUAUGCUCUGUCCACAUGCCUCCAAAUCCGUGAAUGUGGCCUUCAUUGGUCUCAAUUCCUUUGCAGAUGUGCUCAAAACAUUUGUCAACGCCAAACGCAAUCUCGGCGAGAUUCUGAGCUCCUGUGAAAUGAUCGACGAGCGUGCAUUCCAAACAGCCAUGGGCCAGUACAAAUUUCUCAAUGCGCCCAUUGCCGGUUAUCCUUUCUACAUGCUCAUCGAGACCUCAGGCAGCAAUGGCGACCAUGAUCAGGAGAAGAUUAAUCAGUUUAUAGGCGAUGGCAUGGAGCGCGGUGAAAUCCUGGAUGGCACUGUCACUGGUGAUCCCGGCAAGGUGCAGGAAAUUUGGAAAAUACGCGAAAUGGUGCCGCUUGCUCUCAUUGAGAAGAGUUUCUGCUUCAAGUACGACAUCUCCUUGCCGUUGCGUGACUUUUACAGCAUUGUGGAUGUCAUGCGCGAACGUUGCGGUCCUUUGGCCACAGUUGUGUGUGGCUACGGUCAUCUGGGCGACUCCAAUUUGCAUUUGAAUGUGUCCUGUGAAAAGUUUAAUGAUGAGAUCUAUAAGCGCGUGGAACCAUUUGUCUAUGAGUACACCUCGAAGCUAAAGGGCAGCAUUAGUGCCGAGCAUGGCAUUGGUUUUCUUAAAAAGGACUAUCUGCAUUACUCCAAGAAUCCGGUGGCCAUUAAUUGGAUGCGCGACAUGAAGAAAAUGUUUGAUCCCAACGGCAUUCUCAAUCCCUACAAAGUGCUUAAUUAAGCAUUAAUACGUGUUACUUUUUUUUUUUUGUUUCUGUAAAUAAAUCAUG